CUAUAAAACCUUACUGAAAAAUAUGAAAAAAGACGAUUGCUGUAGGUAAACGCGCAGCAACUGCCGCAAGCCGGAAGUAGCAGUGCGCGCGCUGUCUCCGCGAGAACGCGCGGGGACGGGAAGUCGAAAGACGGAAGAAAGGACGCCGAAGCUAAACUUGCCAACUUUAAGCCGACGGGCGACAAUAAUACACAAUGUUACAAAAGAAGUUGUGACUUAUUUAGAGCAUAGAUUUAACCAAUUUAAACCAAAGCCUGCCCUAGCCUGCGUUGACGUAUAGUCAACGCUCUUAUCAUUUCUCCACACGACCCGGUUACUCCGCCAGUUUUUAAACAGGCACUUAGCCUUCUUUCAACCCGGUCUCAAAGUCACUUUUUUGAGUGGGGUGUUUUUCAACGACACGCACGAGUACUAAAAUAUAUCAGCACACGCUCAGCUUCCUGGCUUAAAGUUUCUACUUGUGGGAGAGAAAGUUGGGGAGCGAGGCCUAGGAAACCGAGGAGGGUUACAUGUGUGAGGACCGCGGCCGAGAAGGGACUUACUCGCCACAAAGAUGUCGGCCCAGGCUCAGAUGCGAGCGAUGCUGGACCAGCUCAUGGGGACGGGGAGAGACGGAGACACCAUGAGGCAGAGAAUCAAAUUCUCAGAUGACCGAGUGUGUAAAAGUCACCUUUUGGAUUCCUGCCCUCAUGACAUACUGUCGGGCACUAGAAUGGACCUUGGAGAGUGUGUGAAAGUCCAUGACCUGGCCCUCAGAGCAGACUUUGAGAUUGCCUCAAAGGAGCAUGAAUACUUUUUUGAGCUUGAUGCUGCUGAGCACCUUCAGUCUUUUAUCGCCGACUGUGACCGCAGGACCGAGCUGGCCAAGAAGAGAUUAGCAGAGACUCAAGAUGAGAUUAGUGCUGAAGUAACGGCAAAGGCUGAACGUGUCCACGAAUUGAACGAGGAGAUCGGGAAGCUGCUUGCUAGCGCCGAGCAGCUCGGAGGCGAGGGCAACGUGGAAGAGGCCCAACAGUUGCUUGAAAAGGUGGAGACGACCCGCAUGAUGAAGAAAGAAGCUGAGGAUAUUUACAGAAACUCAAUGCCAGCCUCCAGUUUUCAGCAGCAAAAACUGCGAGUGUGUGAAGUGUGCUCAGCCUACUUGGGUCUACAUGACAAUGACCGGCGUCUUGCUGACCACUUUGGGGGCAAACUUCACCUGGGCUUCAUUGAAAUCCGUGAGAAACUGGAAAAGCUCAGGAAAGCAGUUGUGGAGAAACAAGAAAAAAUGCGUACCAGGCGCAGAGAGGAGCGAGAACGAGAUGAUGAACGGGAUAAGCAGUGGGAGGUGGAACGGGAACGAGAAAAGGAGAGAGAGGAGCGGGAGAGAGAACGAGAAUGGGAACGAGAGCGUGAGCGCAGGAGGUCACGAUCCAGAAGCGGAGACCGAUACAGGGAUGGAGGCAGUUCGUCUUCCCACCGGUCAAGACGCCACCGCUCCUCUCAUUCUCGAGAGGAGGGUGGGGACCGGGAGCGAGAGAGGAGGCAUCGACACAAGGACAAACACCGCUCACACUCGCACUCUCACCGGCACAAGAGAAAGAGGUCUUCCAGAGAAAGAUCAUCACACACCCGUGACCUUGAACCCUCCCUUCCCCAAUUGCGCAGUCAGGAGGGUGCCUUGGAGGAGUGGCGAAACAACAGGGCGGAGUACAAAGACUGGGAAGACCGGGAGAGGUCCACCUCCCCAGACAUGGGGAGGGAGCGGGAGAGAUCCCUGUCCUUAGAGCGGGACCGACAUUCCAGCUCCGAGGAGCGGGAGUCCGGAGAGAUUUGAAGGACAGAACGGAGCAGGAUGGAACACAUCUCUUGAUGUCAGCACAUUGUAUUGUUCAGCAAUUAUCAACAUGAAUUUAUGUUCAAAGUGGCAUGUGUACAUUAGCAGGGUGGAAAGUUAAUAGGGGAAUGAAGGGAUGUUGUCAAUUUACGAGGCAGAGCAACUUUUAUACGACUUUGAAUUGAAUUUGUUUAUGCCAGGUUGUUUUGACCCUGUGGGAGGUCUGUUUAACUUUCCUCACAACAUGCUGAUUUCUUUUAAAGUCAUUAGUUCAGCUUUCAAUGUUUCUCUGUUUCUUUUUAUCCCCAUGAGGACUCUUAAGUUUCAGUAGGUGUGGCUGAUUGUUACAGGGCUUGGAAAUAUUAAAUGAUGCAUAACCACUACAGUACAUUUUGGUCUGGGGUUAGAAUGACAAGAGACCCUUGUAUUUGUUCUUUUGUUUACUGACUUGAAGCCAUUUGGAAAAUCUGGUACAGGCGUUGAACAUUGAUUGGCCUUUAAUUCACGAUAAAGACGCUUGGAAAUUAAACUUGACGACUCAUCAAACAGCUUCUGCUCAGUGUCUGAUGUGACGUGCAUGUUUACAUCCUAUCGUGUGGCACGGGUGUGCUGUCUGCUGCGGUUGGUGAAGGGCUUCUGUUUUGCUGUGCUGCCACAAUGAAAUAAACUUUAUGCUCGAUAUGCAAUGUA